CAUCAAAGAUGGAUCUACAAAUCUCAGUUUUUCUUCUGUUCGCUCUCUUCACUGCAGUACACUCUCUCAGCUGUUACCAGUGCACAAGUCUGUCGAGCACUUGUCCACAGACAACAUGCUCCGAUGGAGUUACCAGCUGCAUCAGUGCAUCAUUAUAUUUAGGCAAUGGUUCUAUAAUAACCGCUAAAAGUUGUGCUUUACCAAUUGGCUGUCCAAGUGGAUCCAUCAACCUUGGCAUUGGAAGGAUUGCUUCUACCUGCUGUAGCACAAAUCUCUGUAACUCCCUAGACGCUCCAGAUCCCGCUACUGCCCCCAAUGGAAAUAAAUGUUUCUCUUGCAUUGGGGAUAGCUGCUCGAACUCAGUGAACUGUUCAGGGACUGAAGACCGCUGCUUUAAGGCAACAGGGAACUUCCAAAGCCAGCCAAUAGCUGUAAAAGGGGAACCUGUGUAACGGUGCUCAGAGCGUCACUCAGAGCUUCCUGUUCCUCUGCUGUUCUCUGCUCUCCUUCAUCCUGCUGCACUGAAUCCAGCAGAUCUACACAUUCUGCAGCAAAG